AUGCCACCGGAAAUGCUCUUGAAGGCCGUCAUCAACACCAAGCUGCUCUACGCUAUUCGUCGUCGCAACUACUCCCAGGCCCUGCAGCCCCCAGUCCAGAUAACAACUCUCCCCAACAAACUGCGGGUCGCGACAGAGAGCACACCCGGCCAUUUUUCGUCCGUCGGCUUGUACAUUGACGCAGGCUCUCGAUAUGAAGAUGCUACAACGUCGGGUGUCAGUCACUUCCUUGACAGGAUGGCUUUCAAAACCACCGGCACUCGGACAGGCGAAGAUAUGUCUACUGCAAUGGACCGUCUAGGCGGCCAGAUCCUCUGCUCGUCCGCACGCGAGUCCAUCAUGUACCAAUCCUCCCAUUUCCACAAAGGCACUCCUCUCGCUCUCGAUCUCAUAGCAGACACUGUUCUCAACCCAUCCUUUCUUCCGGAGGAAAUCGAGGCACAGCGGGACGCCUGCCUCUACGAGAUUCGUGAACUCAGCGCAAAGCCCGAGAUGAUUGCUCCAGAAAUCCUCCACGAGGUUGCAUACGGCGGCCGUACUCUCGGUGCACCCUUGCUGUGCCCCGAGGACCGUGUCGACGCCAUUGACGGGAAUCUCCUCAAACAGUGUCUCGCUGACUGGUAUAGGCCCGAGCGCAUGGUUAUCGCAGGCGCCGGUAUGGCACACGAAGAGCUUGUAGAGCUCGUGGACAAACACUUCUCCUCGAUAAAGCCAACUUCUAUUCCCGCCCAGACUUCACGGACCGCUGUUCCUCCCUCACAAUCCGUUCCCCCGCAUUUACUCCCCUCAUCUUCCCCUUCGCUAUACAAAUCCCUCACUCGCGCUGCUUCGUCAUACCUUGUUUCAGGCUCCCAGCCCGCAGCAGGAGUAGAGAGCGACCUUUUGCUAGGUAACAAGGCGACAUAUGUCGGUGGCUACCGACAUGUUCCAAACAUGUCACUAGAGUUUGAUCACCUAUACUUGUCCUACGAGGGUGUUGGAAUACACGAUGACGACAUCUAUGCUCUCGCAACCAUGCAAGUUCUACUCGGCGGCGGCGGCAGUUUCUCAGCAGGUGGCCCCGGAAAGGGCAUGUACUCGCGACUAUACACCCACAUCCUCAACCAUUUCCCGCAAAUAGACCACUGCGCCUCUUUCCAUCACAUCUACUCCGACAGCUCCCUCUUCGGCCUCUUCGCCUCCUUCGUCCCCUCCGCGCCCGGCCAGCGUGGCAACACCCCUUCUCAGAUCCUCCCCCAUCUUGCACAUCAGCUCAGCCUGCUCAUGUACUCGCCGGUGCCCGCAACGGAGCUCGCGCGCGCUAAGAACCAGCUCAAGUCGAGUCUCAUGAUGGCACUCGAAAGUCGCUCCGUCGAAGUGGAAGACCUCGGGCGCCAGAUCCUCGUUCACGGCCGCAAGAUCCCCGUCACGGACAUGACGGCUGAGAUUGACAAAGUCACCCCAGAGAUGAUCACGCGUGUCGCGAACCGCCUGUUCGGUCCGCAGACAAGCAACAACGCGUCGAUCGUUACGAUGGGCCGCGCCGAGCUGCAAGACUACAAGCCAAUAUUGCGAAAGUAUGGCCUCGCAUGCGCGUAG